CCAUAAGAGGCACAUGCGCUUAUAGUUGACCCUCUCCCUUUCUCUCUUCAUCAUCUCUCUCAUCCUCCUCUCCAAUAUAUAAAUUCAUUCAUUUCUUCUUCUUCUUCCUACACCUUCAUUAUUAUUAUUAUUAUUCCCCAUCUUCAAAUUUGAUCACACCCUACCCAAAAAGAAAAAUUGAGUUUUCAUUAUUCCUGAUUAUAAAACAGUGAAACAUUAUGAAGAACUACAGUUCAAAAUCAGGAGAGUCAAAAAUCAUAGUGUUUGUCCCAUAUCCAGCUCAAGGCCACGUAACUCCCAUGCUAAAUCUAGCAAAGGCCUUUCUUAAUCUCGACCAAGGCUUUCGCCCAGUCUUCGUCACCCCUCGAUUCAUCCACGAUCAAAUCGUUGCUCGAUAUGAUGAUCAUGAGAAUAAUAAUCACAUGUUCACAAACGACGACGACCACCACCAAACUAAUAAUAAUAAUGACAGCAUCGAAUUCGUGGCUAUACCCGAUGGAUUCGAGGGAAAAUCAUCCGUGGCCAGAGAUUUCUUCUCUCUAGAAGAGGCCAUGGAGAAAGUGAUGCCUGCUCAUUUGGAGAGGGUGGUUCGUGAUCAAGGUGAGGAUGUGGUGUGUGUGGUGGUCGACUUGUUAGCUUCUUGGGCUAUUGAAGUGGCUAACCGUUGUGGCGUUAGAGUCGCCGGAUUUUGGCCUGCCAUGCUCGCUGUUUAUCGCUUGGUCGUUGCUAUACCUGAUAUGGUCCGCUCUGGCCUUAUCUCUGAUACAGGUUGCCCACAACAUUUGUGCCCGAUUAGCUUUCUUCCGAAUCAACCCAUUCUAUCAACCGAUGAGUUUCCAUGGCUAAUUGGGACUUUAGCUGCAAGGAAAGCAAGGUUCAAGUUCUGGACCAGGACACUAGCUCGAUCGAGAACUCUUCAAUGGAUACUCGCCAAUUCAUUUCCCGACGAAGAAUCCCUCAACGAUGAGAAACUCAAUAAAGAACUUCUUCCACUAGUUCUCCCAAUCAGUCCAUUGAGCAAAAAUUUAACAACAAAAAACCCAAGUUUAUGGGAAGAAGACAAUAGUUGCCUUGAUUGGCUAGACAAACAAAAGUCCAAUUCAGUAAUUUACAUCUCCUUCGGGAGUUGGGUGAGUCCCAUUGGUGAAUCUAAGGUGAGGACUUUGGCUAUGGCGUUGGAGUCUUUGGGGCAUUUCUUCAUAUGGGUUUUGAGCAAUUCAUGGAGAGCAGGGUUACCAGUUGGUUUCGAGGAGAGAGUCUCCAAUAGGAGUAAAAUCGUCUCAUGGGCUCCUCAAAUGGAGGUUUUGCGACACAGAGCGGUGGGUUUUUACCUAACCCACUGUGGUUGGAACUCAACAAUGGAGGCCAUACAGUCGCAGAAGAGGUUAUUAUGUUACCCAAUCGCCGGAGACCAAUUCGUUAACUGCAACUACAUUGUGAAAGUUUGGAAAAUUGGGGUGAGGAUUAAUGGAGUUGGGUUGAAAGAGGUAGAGGAAGGGUUGAGGAAGGUAAUGGAGGAUAAGGAGAUGGAACUGAGAUUGAAGAAGAUGUAUGAGAGAACCAUGGGAGAUGAGGCCUGUCGUAAAGCCACAUCCAAUCUGAGAUUAUUUGGGAAUUUUCUUAGCAAACAAACACUACUUGGGUCUUCAUUUGUUAGCAAAACUAGUUUCUAAAUUUUAUCUUUUUUCUUUCCCUAUUUGUAAGUAUACAUUAAUAAAAGUAUAAUUAAUUAUAUUAUUUUUUUUUUCUCUA